UGUUCUAAGCCCACGCUGCUUUGCUGUCUUGGACAAAAUAAUGUCUGCAACCGCGGCUGUUAUUGUGAUGAGAUUUGCAUGGUGUUGGGGGACUGCUGCAGUGACUACAUGCAGACAUGCUCUUUAGUUUCAGUUAAUGGAACGGUGUCUCCUGUAUCAACAAAUCCAUAUUCAACACCAACACCACCAGUGAUGACCUCAUAUUCAGGACUCACAACUGCAUCACAAACAACAGAAGUUGAUCCCUGCUCCAACUACAAUAUAUUGGAUGAUCUCUGGAGAUCCACCAGUAAUCAGGAUCCAUCUCAGAUAAUGUGUGACAUGAAUGUGAAUUGGGCGGGUUGGUAUCGUCUCAUCAUUCAGGGUGAGAGUGUUCAGAUGCCAGACACAUGUGUCCCAGCGUUGAGAUGUGGUACUCAUGCACCACUGUGGUUAAGUGGUGGACAUCCAACCGUUGAAGAUGGAGUGGUCACACGAGACGUCUGUGGUCACUGGAGCGGUGACUGCUGCCGGUUCCACUCCAAUCCCAUUAGAGUCAAAGCCUGUCCAGACAAUUAUUAUGUCUACAAGUUUGUGAGUCCUACAGCCUGCUAUUUGGCAUAUUGUGCAGAUACUACAGGCAUUAUCACAACUCCAACUUCAAUCAUAGAAACUACAACUGUACCUACAACUCUCAGCUAUGACCCAUGCUAUCAGUAUAACACUAUUGAUGAAUAUUGGAGAGACAUACGGCUAAACCCAUACCAGGACUAUGGACAUGAUGACACUACUGUUGAGUGGAACGGCUGGUAUCGACUGUAUUUGAAUGGAACAAAUGCUCAGAUGUCUGAAUGGUGUGUGAGUUAUGUGGGAUGUGGUGGUGAAACUGGACUGUAUCUCAGUGGUUCUCAUCCACGAAUUGAGGAUGGAGUGGUGACCCGUGAGGUUUUGGGAAGCAAUAUAUGGUGGUCUUACUACAACCAGUGUGGUCAGUACAGAUCCAACCCCAUCCAAGUCAAAGCCUGUCCAGGAGAUUAUUAUGUCUAUAAACUCGUCACACCAGAUGUGUCAAUCUCCAGACCUUCAUACUGUGCAGUUGCUUUCAGCAGCAUCAACAAUGAUCCCUGUUACAACUAUGAGUCUCUGGAUCGUCCCUGGAGAGCAACAACUGAAAGUGGAUUGUACAUUUGUGAUGAAUCUUUCUCCUGGAAUGGCUGGUACAGACUUUAUCAUUAUGGGAUGAACAUCCAAAUGGCAGAGAGCUGUGUUAAUGCAUACAGCUGUAACACAUACUUGAGUCUGUCGCUCAAUGGUCCUCAUCCUCAGAUAGAAGAUGGGGUGGUGACCCGUGAGGUCUGUGGGGCAAAUUAUUGGGGUGGCUGCUGUGAUUUGAAGUCAAAACCCAUCAGAGUAAAAGCCUGUCCAGGAGAUUACUAUGUCUAUGAACUUGUGAAACCAAUAAACUGGUGUUCAGGAUACUGCACAGACAUCAGCACUGCAUCACAGACCAAUUUCACAACUCCAGCUGUGAUUCCUGGAUCAAGCUUCACAUUUAGUGAUCCAUGCACAAACUACAACAUACUGGACGAGUACUGGAGAAACACACAUGAUUGGCAUCUGUAUGGAUGGAUGAGUAAUCAUGAUGACACCCGUGUGAAAUGGGACGGCUGGUAUCGACUCUUCAUCAAUGGAUCGAGUGCUCAGAUGCCUGACUGGUGUGUAAGUAAUAUGAAAUGUGGAGGUGUCAGUUCUCUGUGGCUUGCUGGUUCUCAUCCUGGAGUAGAAGAUGGAGUUGUUACUCGUGAAGUCCACGGCUCUUAUUAUCAACAGUGCAGUCAUUACACAUCAAACCCAAUCCAAGUCAAAGCUUGUCCUGGAGAUUAUUAUGUCUAUAAACUCACCAAACCAAACAUAGGGAUCCCACUCCCUUCAUAUUGUGCAGUUGUUUUCAGCACUCCACGUGUCGACCCCUGUGACAACUACACCAGUCUGGAUGAACCCUGGAGAUCCACUGAUAAUUAUUACUAUAAUGUCAUGUGUGAUUAUAAUGUCAACUGGAAUGGCUGGUACAGACUUUUCAUCAAUGGUCAGAGUGCUCAGAUGUCAGAAUCAUGUGUCGGUCAGGGGAUGUGUGGCACUUAUUACACACUGUCACUCAGAGAUCCUCAUCCACAGCUGGAAGAUGGAGUGGUCAGACGACACGUCUGUAUGUCUGGAUGGAACGGCUGCUGUGUUUAUGAAUCUCAUCCCAUACAAGUCAAAGCAUGUCCUGGAAAUUACUACGUUUAUGAGUUUGUCAGAUCAUUUGAAUGCUCUGCUUACUGUGCAGCAAGUAACACAACAGCCACAAAAUCCACUCCUCCACGCAUCACGACCACAGCUAAAAGAGACCCCUGUUCUGCACUCAACUGUACUAAUGAUGAAUGGUGUGGAGAGAUGAACAGUGUUUACGGCUGUUUAUGCAAUGAGAACCAAACCAGAUCUGAUCCUGACUCUUUUGAUUUCUUUGAAACCUGUGAGAGCAGUACAGGAAAUAUAUCUAUAUCUCGCUGUCAGCUGUUUGAAGCUGGUUUUUCAGCUCAUGCCCUGCACCUCAAUGAUCCCAGCUGCAGAGGAAUCAUCCAGAACGGCCGAGUGGAGUUUAGUUUUGAUAACAAUGGACACACCUGUGGUACAAAUCUUAUGGCCAAUGGCACUCAUAUCAUCUAUGAGAACUUUAUUUUGGGAGCACCAGGGUCAUCUGAAGGUCUCAUUAGCAGAGAGAGAAUUCUGCAGAUAUCUUUCAGCUGUGUUUACCCACAAACCCAAACACUUUCUAUGAUAGAAAUCAACCCACUGGAGAGUCGUGUGAACAAGAAUCUUGUUGGUCAAGGGAUGUAUCAGGUCCGAAUGAUCCCAUAUCAUGAUGUUGGGUUCUCUCAGCCCUUCAAUGGUAGUGUGAAUGCAGAACUCAACCAGCAGAUUUUUGUUGAGGUUCGUGUUGAUGGGGUUGACAGUCGACAGUUGGUGACAGUGAUUGACACAUGUUGGGCUACACCUGUGAAUGAUCCAGAUUACAGUCUGCGCUGGGAUCUCAUCACUGGAGAGUGUCCAAAUCCACAUGAUAACACAGUGAAGCUUCUUCAGAAUGGUAACUCAACAUCCAGCCGUUUCUCCUUCAGGAUGUUUAUCUUUAACUCAAACUCCACUAAAGUUUACCUGCACUGUGCUGUUCAUCUUUGUAUUCUGGCCAACAAUCACUGCUCAGCGCACUGUGGCUCUGGAUAUCACCAGAGGGUCGGCAGGUCUCUGGACUUCCGUGACAGUUCCUCUAUAUCCAUGGGUCCUUUCGUCUGGUCUGAUGGAAAUGCGGAAAAAUGGGCUCCAGAAUUUGCGCGAGUGUCCGGAGCUCCAGGUCUGUACGGUUGUUUGAUGAUACUGCUGGUUUCACUCCUGAGUGCCUGCACCAUCUUCUAGGGUGUCUCCACAAUGCUCAAUUUCUAAUCUUAAAACUUCUAUACUAUACCCUAAAAUUUACAUCUGUUAUCUGAUUUUGUCUUCUAUUACCAAUUAAAGACUAGCCCUGCACUUGUUUUGAUGAAUUUUUUUAGAUUAUUCUGUCUGAAAUAAGAUUUAGUUUGAUUGUCGAUUUUUCUUUUUUUAAUAGUCUCUCCUUUAAAAUACUUAAUUGUGUUAAAAAAUAUUGUAAAAAUAAAGUUCAAACCAAGCA